AUGACCAUCCGCGGCACCAACACGCACGUCUUCGCUGUGGGCGACUGGGGCGGCCUGGCCGGAACCCUGCCACACAACAGUCAGAUCAUCCAAUACAAAGGCGGACAGACCAUGGGGCCCCACACCAUGGGCCGCUACCGAACUGACGCGAAGACGCACGACCUGACCUGCACCACACCGGAGAUGUCGGAUUGUUUUGGCACCAAUGGCACUGACUGUCCCAAACGCUGUGGCUGGCUCAAAGAUGUCGAUGUCCCUGCGCAACAUUUGGUGGCGGAUCAGAUGAUCAAGCGGGCCAAGGAGAACAACCCGGACUAUCUCCUCAAUGUGGGCGACAACUUCUACUGGGGUGGCAUUUUCGGAAAGUGUGGUGACACACCCAUGUCGAAG